AUGGAGGAGAGAGGGAAAGAGAAGGGGAAGGGGAGCGAGAGAUGGACUGCAGCGAUCUCGAAUCUCACUGAAAUGGCUUCGAAUCUUGAAUCCCUCCAAAAAUUACUGACGAAGAAAGCUGUUUACGUCGACGAUGAGACCUUUGCGAAGGCCUCUUUAAGCUCUGAACAAGCCCGUACCAUCAAGGUUCUUGAACAAAGGGUAGAGACUUUAGAAAGAGAACUAGACUCUGCCAUUUCAGCUGCUGCUCAUGCACGUAGUGAAAAGCGUCAAGCUGAGGCAGCAAAGAAGGCUUCUGAAUUACGCGCCCAAGAGAUUACAAGAGAACUUGAAAACACUACGAAAGUAUUCGAACUGCACAUGGAAGAGUUACGUGUGAAGCAAGAUGAAAUUUCCAAGCGCGAUAAAGAAAUCAAACUUCUUGAAGCUAUAAUUCAGACACUUGGUGGCAAAUAA